UACAGCAACAAAGGAGAGAAGCCCGAGAGAGGCCGAUUCCUCCACUUCCACUCCGUGACCUUCUGGGUUGGCAACGCCAAGCAGGCCGCGUCCUUCUACUGCAGCAGGAUGGGUUUUAAACCGCUAGCCUACAAGGGCCUGGAGACCGGUUCCAGGGAGGUGGUCAGCCACGUGGUCAAACAAGGGCAGAUCGUGUUUGUUUUCUCCUCGGCUCUCAACCCCUGGAACAAAGAGAUGGGCGAUCACCUGGUGAAACACGGCGACGGAGUGAAGGACAUCGCGUUCGAGGUGGAAGACUGUGACUACAUUGUGCAGAGAGCCCGGGAGCGGGGCGCCAAAAUCAUCCGGGAGCCCUGGGUGGAGCAAGAUAAGUUUGGGAAGGUGAAGUUCGCUGUGCUGCAGACGUAUGGGGACACGACACACACCCUGGUGGAGAAGAUGAACUACACCGGCUUCUUCUUGCCUGGAUUCGAGCCCACGGCAAAAGUGGACCCUGCGCUGUCCAAGCUACCCCAGAGCAACCUCGAGGUCAUCGACCACAUCGUGGGAAACCAGCCUGAUCAGGAGAUGCUGUCUGCCUCGGAAUGGUACCUGAAUAACCUGCAGUUCCACCGCUUCUGGUCCGUGGAUGACACGCAGGUGCACACGGAGUAUAGCUCCCUGCGCUCCAUCGUGGUGGCCAAUUACGAGGAAUCCAUCAAGAUGCCCAUCAACGAGCCCGCGCCAGGCAGGAAGAAGUCGCAGAUCCAGGAAUACGUGGACUAUAACGGGGGCGCUGGGGUCCAGCACAUCGCUCUCAAGACCCAAGACAUCAUCACAGCGAUUCGCCACUUGCGAGAGAGAGGCAUGGAAUUUCUGGAUGUUCCAUCCACGUACUACAAGCAACUUCGAGAGAAGCUCAAGUUGGCCAAGAUCCGGGUGAAGGAGAGCAUCGAUACCCUGGAGGAGCUGAAAAUCUUGGUGGACUACGACGAGAAAGGCUACCUCCUGCAGAUCUUCACCAAGCCCAUGCAGGACCGGCCCACGCUCUUCCUGGAGGUCAUUCAGCGCCACAACCACCAGGGUUUUGGAGCCGGCAACUUCAACGCCCUGUUCAAGGCUUUCGAGGAGGAGCAGAACUUGCGGGGCAACCUCACAGACAUGGAGACCAACGGAGUGGUGCGGGGCAUGUAG